AUGACAAGAGAAGCUGAUGUGUUGCAAUUUUGUGGUUCCUGCUCGAUUUCAACCACCCAAAUUGAUCUAGGGUUUCAGUUUUUACAGAGAGAAAGAGAAAAUUCAAAGGAGAGAGAAGCAGGUUCGGAGUACGAAGACGGCGCCGAAUGUGUGAACUAUAGUGAGCAUUUUGUCACGGACACGGUUUUUCCAACUUUCGAUGAUGCCGUUAACUGGGCGGAUGCUGUUGCCCUAAAUCUGGGAUUUGUUCUUGUUAUAUCGUCUAAUUGCAAAAUCAGAGAUGGUCGGCCUUACCGGUAUUUGAGGUGUGAUAGGGGCCGAAAAAGCCAGCCGAGGGAUCUCGAGAACGCAAAUCGGAGGGACACAAAAACCAAAGCUAUUGGUUGUCCGUUCUACAUCAAGAUUUACUAUGUGUUCGUGACCGAUAGUUGGAGGAUCCGGGCAAAAAACGAUGCAACUAGGACCCAUAAUCACCCAAUGAUUGUAUAUCCGGAGGGUCAUCGUAAGAUUAGUGGCCUCAGCCCGGAUGGGAAGAAGGUUGUCCACGACAUGACGAAGUCGAAGGUUGCGCCGCGUAACAUCAUGGCGACGAUUGCAGAGCAAUUUCCCAACGAUCAUCCAAACAUCCGACAUAUCUACAAUUACCGGAAUGACUUGAGGGCGGAGAUGUUCGACGGGAGAGGAGGCGUUCAACAAUUUUUGCAUUUGGCGAGACAAAGCCAAUACCUUUACUGGGUCAUGUCUGAUGAUGUCGGCGUUCUGCAACAUGCGUUUAUGGUGCACCCGAUCACGGUGAACAUACUACGCACGUACCCACAUGUGAUGGGUAUGGAUUCGACGUACAAGACCAACCGAUACGGGAUGCCGUUCCUUGAGAUAGUUGGGGUGACACCCACAAAUCAGAAUUUCCUUGUGGGUUAUGUGUUCAUGCGCAACGAGUGCACGGGAAGCUACCGGUGGGUUCUACAGAGAUUGAGAGAGCUGAUCAGGUAUGAUAAGGAGCCGUCGGUAUUUCUGACAGACCGUGAGCUGGGUCUUUGUGCUGCAUUGAGAGAAGUGUUUCCCGGGACGUCGCAUUUGCUUUGUCGAUGGCACAUUAACAAAGAUAUGGAGGCUCGGGUCACUAAUAUGUUCAAGAACAAGAAGAUUGGGAGGCAAUUCAAAAACGGUGCUUGGAAACGUAUCAUGGAUGCUGCGACCGAGGCGCAUUAUAACUCAGCUGUAGAUAGAAUGAAAACUCGGUGGGCAAGUUUCCCAAAUGUGAUUAGUUAUGUCGAGAGAACCUGGCUUUGUCAUAAGAUCAAAUUUGUGACGUUUGGGACGAACCAGGUUAUGCACCUCGGUAACACGAGCACUUGCAGAGUUGAGAGUCAACAUUCGGCCGUUAAGAUGUGGUUUGAAUCCUCGACAGGUUCUUUGGAUACCGGUGUCUCACCAUCGUUUGAAAGUUCUGGAUGGCGAGAUGAGAAGGAUGAGAGAGCUGAGUUACCAGGCUUGUACACAAGGCAAAUUCAUCCGUUCUGGAAGACGUUGGUUAUUGGCGAUAGUGUUAAUGAACCGGAGUUUGUUAACGACUCGAACGAGGAAGCUGCACAUUUCCGUUCCCUGGUUGAUGAGGUCGUCGGUAGUGAUCGUGCUGUGCUUAGAAAUGUGUCUCGCAUCAUCGAGGAGGAGCUGCAUCCGGACCAUACAAACCUCGAAGAACCACAAGUAAACCUCAAUGUUCGAGGUCGCCGAAGAAACAACGACACCAAAUGUAAUCUCAGUUACUUCGAACAUGUGGAUCGUCGAAACACUGAAGUUGGUGCGCAACAACCAGGAACAGAAGAUCAAGGUGACAUCAGCCAAUGCAGGUAUUUGCACUUGCUUCCAGGACCGAUGUUGCCUUACAUCACGGCAUGGAAGGAUGUCAUUGGCGAUGGUAACUGUGGAUUUCGUUGUGUGGCCGACUUCUUCCUCGGUGAUCAAGCGCGCUGGUAUGAUGCUUGGGAAAUUAUAGCGAACGAGGUCGGCGCUCACCGAAACUUGUACGAAAGGAUAUACGGGUUAGGAAGGGUGUUACUGAAUGUGGAACGUAUCCGAUGGGAAGGCGGGGUUGUUGAUUCACGGCACUGGAUGGUUGCAAUUCAAGAUUUAUUUCCUAUUGCUACUUGA